UGCGUCAGAUUCGCUGCAUCUGAAUCUGCUCCCACAAUUCAACAGGCAACAAAGGAAGAAAGGAAGAGGCCGUGAGCUACAAAGUGUUAGCCAACCUAGACAGAAACAGGCCACCUAGCUAAUUGUGUCAUUCUAAUCGGAAAUGUAAACCCGCACGUUUAGAGAAGAACAUCCGGCGAUAUAAACGCUUUAUACUUUCAUUUGGGCGCAGAAGCUGACUAAAGGGAAGGUAACGCUGAUGUUUUCGACAGUAAACGUUAACAAAGCUAGCUGAUUGAUUUAGGUAGUAAGCUAACAUUAACAACCGUGAAGGAGCGAACCUUCAUGAACGUGUUGUACAACACAGAUGCCAACACCUCUGGGUUUUUUUUUUUGCAUAUUGAGAGAAGCUGAAGUGACCGGCAUCAAAUGAAAGGUGGUGGAAGUGGAACUUGACCCAUCCAACUGAGUCACCAUUUUCCUGCACAUAAUGGGUUUAAUGGCUCCCCUGUAUGCAUGACUUGUUUGGUGCGGCCUGAUGGGAGGACACUGUGGAUAGUACUUUCAUCAGGAUACCAGGAGAGCCAACCCAUGCCCCCACUUUGGAGGGCCCAUCAGAAUGAAGAAGAUAAGCCUUAAGACCAUCCGCAAGUCCCUCAGCAUAAAGUCAGGCAAAGAGGAGGGUGACUUUGUCAUGCUCCAACAGCCCUCGCUGACUACAGAGUUUUCUAAGGAAGAGUCACUUUUUGGGGGCUGCUACACCAAAGAGCUUUCUGGCUGUGACCUCGGUGGUGAAGAGGACAAAGGAGGCCCGAAUAAGGGCCGCUCAAAGAGCGAGGGCCUGAUGGGAUCGCUAAAGAGGAGACUGUCUGCCAAGCAGAAGGUGAAAGUGAAAGGCAGCUCCUCUGCCAUCGGCUCAGUGGAUGAUGAUGACACCUUCUCAUCCUCUUCUGUGCCCGUCAGCUUCAACGAGGUGAAAGCCCAGAGACCCCUCAGAUCUGCAUCCCUACGGAGUCACCAUUAUAGCCCCUCACCAUGGCCCCUGCGCUCAGUAAACUCUGAUGAGGCGUGUAUCAAGAUGGAGGUAAAAGUUAAAGCCAUGGUUCACUCUCCCAGCCCAAGUCCCAACUUAAAUGGUGUCCGGAAAGAUUUUCACGAUUUCCAAAUGGAAGGGCUCUUUCAGGACCAAGCAGAAUCCUUAAAGAAUUUCCAGCAGCCACAAAAUGGGGAGUUGCAUCUAAAUAUUGAUGAAAAUGACGUGCCUGUGGUGCUGGGAUUGACUCCCCAGGACUACAUCCAGUACACGAUGCCUUUAGAUGAGGGAAUGUACCCAGAAGGGUCCCACUCCUUCUGCCUGGACAGCUCCUCUCCUAUGGAGGUGGUGACUGAAGCUGACAACAGGUCCCUCCACACAGACCAGGGACAGGACGAACAUGAACUGGUUAGUGGGAUGCCUCCGGAUCUCUUUAUGGAAACCUCAGUUAAUAGUCUUCUCAUUGGUUCCGCUGGUGUGGUGCUCCAAAGCUCUAGAGUAGAGGUCCCACCUCCCCUCUCUCCACUCCUACCGCCCAUGAUAAGUAAUGCACUUAUUCCAAGGACUUUUUCAGGGUUCAGCUCUUCAGACAGCCAGGUAGCUGAGAGGGUUAGACACCACCUCAACUUUGACCCAAAUUCAGCUCCUGGGGUCAGUCGGGUGUACGACUCGGUCCAGAGCAGUGGCCCCAUGAUCGUCACCAGUCUGACAGAGGAGCUGAAGAAGCUGGCGAGGCAGGGCUGGUACUGGGGCCCCAUCACACGCUGGGAGGCCGAGGAAAAGCUGGUCAACUUGGCUGAUGGCUCAUUCCUGGUCAGAGACAGCUCAGAUGACAGGUACCUGCUCAGCCUGAGUUUCAGGUCCCAGGGCAAAACCCUCCACACCCGCAUUGAACACUCCAAUGGACGCUUUAGCUUCUAUGAGCAGCCUGAUGUGGAGGGACACACAUCCAUCGUUGACUUAAUCGAACACUCUAUCAGAGACUCGGAGAAUGGAGCUUUUUGCUACUCCAGGUCUCGCUUACCAGGGUCUGCAACCUACCCCGUCAGACUAACCAACCCAGUAUCUCGGUUUAUGCAAGUGCGCUCCCUGCAGUAUCUCUGUCGCUUUGUCAUUAGACAGUACACAAGGAUAGACCUGAUCCAGAAACUGCCCUUGCCUAACAAGAUGAAAGAUUAUCUGCAGGAGAAGCACUACUGAGGACACAGAGAUAGGACAGUGGUAGCAAUUUGCACUUUUGUGUUCAGUUAAGAGAUUUAAACAAGGUUUACAGACAACCACAGUUUUGCGACGAUUGGUUCUGGUGGCUCUUGAUUUGUGUCCAGGUGACUCCUCCAUUCCACUGUUCUGGGUUUUUUUCUGCUGGUUUUAGAAGGCUCUUCUUCCAGAAACGUAGGCCAGCACAUAAUCUAUUGCAAAAUAUAGAAGAGGUGUAUAGCCAAGUUGAUUACACUAAGUGCAGACAUUAGACAUGCAUUGGGAUGUAACAUCCAGCUGUGCAAGUAGAGCAGAUUUUCAAAGAAUUGCUAUCUGCUCUAAGGAUGGGCCUGUAGGAAAAACAAAAUUCCACUCUAAAGUUAAAAAUCCUUUUAAUUUAUUUCCACCAAAUUGUACAUUUCAAAUAUGUAAAAGUAUUGCUACAUCGAAGUUUUUAAAUCAAAUGUUAAGCUUUCCGCAAACUGACCAAUUUGGAUCAUCUUUUGCUUUUUUGUUACCCUUCAAUGUUACCAACCUUGUCAGCAUGACACGAUGGAGAAUUAGAACAUCUGCAUCCAUACUAUGCAAUUAGUCAAACAGCAAAGCUUCAUUGUAUAGUAAGUGAUGAUGGCCAACCUAUUUCAUGUUAACCAGAUUUUUGCUAAUUUACAAACUUAAAAAACUUAUCCCGUGGAUGCAGUUUCUUCCUCAGGUAUUAUCUGACUCUGUCAUGGCAUGUUACAGCUGACAUACUACAAAUACAUUUAUAUUCUUAGACUGGUGCAGGCUUUAUUUUUGCAUUUGUCUAGUUCUAACACUAACCACGGCACCAUAUCAAUAAAAAAAAACAACAUAUAAAAUCUUAUAAAUCACACUCAGAGUCACAAGGGUUUACCAGGUCCACAACAUUUUGUUGCAAAAGAUGUCUAAAAUGUGCCAGUCUGAGAGGGGUUUAUCAGUUUGUUCAGAGAAAGUAACUUUAAAUUGUAUGGCUGCAUGUAGCCAAUAAAUAAUGUGCAAGCCUAAAGGUACUGACAAUGCUGGAUUUGAAUGUGCUGUUUGUAGAAACAGCAUCAAGUUGAUGUAUGAACCUUUUUCGAAAUGUUACCAUUAAAUAGAAAAAUAAAAAAUUGCAUUAGGAAUGUUACAAAAACUGCACCGCAGCUCAGGCCUAACAGCUUUGUCUCUAUCUGUAAUGCUUGAAUCUGCAUGUAGUAAAGGCUUUAAGACAGUCGAUAACGGGCACUGUAGAGUUACUCUAAAUGAGAGAGGAUGUCACUGUAAAAGGGUGAAAGAGCUUGGCUGUGUUCUUUAAGUGCAACUCUGAGUAAAAGCCUGUUUAAUGCACAAUUGCAUUGCCCUGAGUUAACCUACAACUGAAAACAGACCUCUAGUCAAUUGACCUGAAUCUGUAUGUAGUGAUGGUUGUUUCUAAGUCUCUUAAUGUCAGCAAUGUGCUGGAUCCAGAUCAAAAGAAUCCCAGAAAUGGUGUGAGCUUAGGUAAAAGGAUGUGGGAAAGCCAGGGUUAAGUUUUCCUAGCCAUCUUGAAGUGAUGCCAUGGUUUCAGCAUACGACAAAAGUUCCAUCACAGCUGCAUGGUAUCAUUAGUGUCGUAUGGGUUUCAAGGACAUAAAAAAACAUAUGAUUUUUGCCAUUGCUUAUUCACAUUGUCCCCACAGAGCUGCACUACCCCACAGAUUGUCUCUACUUGGCUGUUUGUGCCAGAGUAAAGGGAAGAGCACACAGUAUGCUACAUAAGUGCUUUAUAUGGAUACUUUGACAGGGAAUUGUUUUCACAUUAUGAAUGAGCAUCUUUUUUGACAUCACUGUCCUUUUUAAAAGUAUUUGGAAAAUGGUCUCUCGGACAUCUUUGGUAGGUCGUUAGUGCAUAGUUCUAGUUUUAGUUAGCUGGAAAUGUCGGUGUCUGAGGAAGUUGCCAUGAAUCUAGCACAGCGGAAAUUAGAUAGGAAUUUUGAAUGGUGUUGCAUGUUUAAAGACUUAGCAUUUUAAAGCUUUGAGUUGUAUAGGAAUGAAGGAUCUAGGUUGUGUGUUUGGCUGUGUAGAGGGAUGUUUUUUUCUGUCACAAACAUUGGCUGGACAUUCUGUACAAGACAUGUAUUUUUCUUUUUAGAAUCCUUACGUGAGUUUAUUUUGUGACAUUUGCCAUCUGGGGCAUGGGGCUGUACAAAAGGAAUGUACGCUUGUUUGAGGUAUCCAUUUUAUCUGCCUGCAGGCCCGUUUCAGAAAGCAUGAGAAUCAUAAAAAAAA